AGAAAAGGUAAAAGACAGCGAAUAGAUAAGCACAAGGACACACAACAAUACAUCAGAUAAGCAAUAAUCUUUGAUCGUUACUUUAUUCGAUCGUCCAUAAAUGAUACAGGAAACUUUGGAUGGCCAAGCGAAUUGGGGGGCAUAAAGGUAAUAAGUAAGGUGUAGUGAUGAUCGGUCUUGCUCAGUUUUACACCAAAAUAUGCAAAACCCUCCUCAGUUAUCAAUCAGUGGAACCAUCUUGAUGGAUUCAACUUCUCAAAUGACGGGUAGCAGCCUCUCAUCGCCGGCAACAACCGAUUGCAACAACACAUCACUUAGUGGCGGAGCUGAUAGCAAUUAUCAUCAUCAAAUGCUACAAGGGGAUAUGAAUUCAAGAUUGAAUUAUAAUCAAACAGCGAUAGAUGAUCCAAUUCGCAACUCACAAAACUCUCCAUUUGACAAGCCGAUCAAUCCCUCUAAAUUCUCUCUCUUGUUGGAGCCUUCAAUGCCGAAAACAGAAAAACCUCCUUCAAUGCCGAAAAGAGAGAAACCCAACCUCACUGCAAAGCGUGCUGUUCAAUACUCGAGUAGAGUGGUCAGCGAACCGGCACUUAAAAGACCACAGAUCGAAAAUCCAUCACCAUUUCCAACUUUGAAGGUCCCAAAAGUGAAGCUAGGAGACCGAAUUACUGCUCUCCAGCAAUUGGUUUCACCGUUUGGAAGGACUGAUACUGCAUCGGUUCUCUCGGAAACUAUAGCUUACAUCAAGUUUCUCCAUGAACAUGUCCAUCUUUUAAGUACUCCAUAUACGAGAAGUGGAGCUCCCAUUCAACACCAACAGACUGCUGAUAAAUUGAAGCUCAACUCAGAAGCGCCUAAACAAGACUUGAGAAGCAGAGGACUUUGCCUCGUGCCAAUAUCGAGCACUUUCCGACCAAUGCUCCCACCAGUUGUUAGCAAGACAACAGCUGAUUUCUUGACACCUGCGUUUGGAGGAACAAUCAGAAUGCAAAUGGGCUCUUCAAGCACAAAUGCUGCCAUGCUAGAAAACCUGAGAUGUAGGCCGCAGACAUGCAAUUGUGGAUUGAAAACCGCGAUAAAAAUCACAGAAUCUGAAGACGACUACGACAACAACAAAGGAAAAUUGCAUUAUGGUUGUCCAAACCAACGAUGCAUUUACUCGAAUUGGUGCAAAUCCACACCUCUCGACGAAAUUGCAUCCACAUCCUCAACAACCCAGCAAACAGCUAACCAAACUCAAAACAAGGCUAAGGGGCAAAUAUUGGUUGAGUUGGACAUGUUUUCUAAGUUGAGGUCACAAAAUGCGUAUUUUAGUGAAAGGCUUCAGGCGUUUAAAGCAGCUCAUAGACUAAUGAAGAUGGCUGUCUUUGCUACAAUGGUGCUAUACACUCUUGCUAUUAUUGCAAGUGUAACAGGUUUGAUUGCUAAGUGAUGCACUGUAAUAAUGGUUUUGGAGCAUUUGGCUUUAUCAAUGAUACUCCCUCCGUCCCAAUGUAAGUGUCAUUUAUGGGGAGUAGUAAUUUUUAAGAGCCUGAAAAAUUAUAAUAUUGUCCUUUUAAGUUUAAAAUAUUGAAGUUUGAAAUUUAAACUCAAAUGACAUUUUUGAAAUGAUGUAAAAUAUAUUGUUUAAAAAAAAAAAAUGGAUACUUAUUUUGGAACAAAUAAAAAAAAAUGAUACUUAUUUUGGGACAGAAGGAGUAUAUAUAUAUAUAUAUUGGUACUUGCUGUGUAAUGCUAUCAAUGUACUAAGUAUUUUUAUGGUUGUUUUUGAACUUUUAAUGUAAUGCUAUCAAUGUAGUUUGUUUCGUUGACUACA